UGUUUGUUGACGUUGAUCUCGUCGUGUUUUGGAAGUAAAUAAAUCUACAGUUUAUUCUUUAAACAUUAAUAUAAAUAAAAACUCUGAAAGAGAAUUCAGAGGAGUGUAAUUAAAUGUCAAAUUACCAGGAAAUAGUCAAUUUAAACAUCGGAGGCACGAGAUUUUCGACAUCAUGGCACACUCUUACUUGGGUACCAGACACAUUCUUCACAGCGCUUCUGAGCGGACGCAUUCCUACUGUCAGAGAUGAAACAGGAGCCAUAUUCAUUGACAGAGAUCCAAAUCUAUUUGGACUCAUUCUGAACUAUCUUAGAACUAGAGAUAUAGACCUUAACAAUGUAAACGUAAGGACAUUAAAGCAUGAAUGUGAUUACUUUGGCAUCACACCAUUAAGCAGAAGGUUAGCGCUAUGUGACGAGAUGACCCAUUCUUCCUGUGGAGAUGUACUAUUUUAUGGAUAUUUGCCACCGCCAUUAAGCACAGCACUACCAAAUACCAGCACUGUCAGAAACGGAAAUGGCUGUUCUCGUAAAAACUCAACAGCAUCAAAUACAGAAAUUACUGUAAACAGAACACAUUCUAGAAACUCCUCCCUCGAUCUACGUACUGUUGGAAGAAUACCCUCACAAGAUCAGCUAAGCCGUUGUGGUAGAGGACAUUCAAGAGCAGCUUCCCUGGGAAAUGCAGACUGUCACAAAGGCCAAAGACCACCCGAACUGAAUACAUGGCCAGACAACAGCAAAGUACACAUUAUAAAAGCACAUCACAACUGGGUCGUGGUUGCCUAUGCACAUUUUGUAACUGGUUACAGAUUGACAGACUCAUGCGGAUGGUAUGUAGUAUUCCAAUCACCGGUACAGGAUUCAGUAAUAGAAAGGAUAGCAUUAAAUGCGAAGACCGGCGGUGGCGGGACUUCUGGCAGUAAUAACUCCACCGGCACUGAUGUUAUGCUUGGCAUUGCUAGUGGGCCACUAGUAAAACUGUGGGCAUUCUCGACGCAUAGCGAACCUGUUAGGAGAACUCUGAUUGGCUCAUUUAAUUUAGGGGUUCGGAUAGAGCAUCUAUUGUUCGUUGGACCACAACUAGUCGCUUUAAGUGGGGCCGGGAGCCGCAGUAAGGCCGGCGUCUGGCACACGAGCACACAGCACUGGCAGACGCAGGACGUGGCCCAUCUAACCACAUACGACACAGCCGGCUCGUUCCUGCUACUCGGAACUGCUACCGGAGCCAUCAAUUACAUAGACAUGCAGAAGUUUCCGUUGCGAAUGAAAGACAAUGAUCUCCUCGUCACACAACUGUACAAAGAUCCAAAUCUCGAGCCAAUAACUGCUAUAUCAGUUUAUUUAACGCCAAAGACUAAUCUAUGCGGCAAUUGGAUCGAGAUCGCUUACGGUACACGUUACGGUUCAGUCCGCGUGAUCGUUCAGCACCCGGAGACAGUGGGCCAUGGACCACAGCUCUUCCAAACAUUUACCGUGCACCAGAGUCCUAUUACUAAGGUGUCCCUAUCGGAAAACUAUUUGAUAUCGGUAUGCAGCGAGUACAAUCACGUGCGUUCGUGGCGCGUGACGCGUUUCCGGGGAAUGAUAUCGACCCAGCCCGGCACAACGCCUAAUGCCGCCUUCAAAGUGCUGGCUCUGGAACCGCCCACCGCCCAUCCUCACAACGAUUGCGGACCUUACGGGGAGCAAGAUGUGGAGCAAAUAUUCAUACAAAAAGUCAUCCCUGAUACGGACACGUUGUACGUACGAUUGGCUUCCAACGGAAAGAGGGUGUGCACGAUCCGUUCGGUGGACGGUUCGGCGGUGUCUUGCUUCACGGUGGCGGAGUGCGAGGGCGCGCUGCGGCCGCGGCGGCUGCUGCUGUGCGGCCACCGCUCUGGAGCCGCUCAAAUGUGGGAUUUGACCGCCCCUAUUGAUAGGGCUGUCAAACCUGCCUCGUCUGUGCCCACAGGUGAAGGUGACGAGUCUCCGUCCACCGAGGGCGGUCCGACUCCGGACGAGCUGGUCCGACUGCUGUCCGGCUGCGAUCUGGACGCGACCCCGGUACCGCAGUCGCCGAAUCGUCCCAUACAAGCACCAUGAGAAACACCCAAUUGUUUAUACGCUGCCCUCUGCGAUUUGUACACGUACGUUUUCGAUACAUGAAAUUUUAACUAAUUAAAUAAUUCAUAACCAAGAAAUCAGACUCCGAAAACAAAACAAUCUAAACAGUACUUAUAAGUUACUAGCCGUACUAGCCCGCUUCGCUGGGCAUUUAAAACUAACAUUAUUAUUUAUUGUCAUUAUUAUUAGGGAGUCCAACACUCAUAUAAAUAUUAGCCUA